GCGCCGCCGCUCGGCGCGGGGAAGGGCGCUGAGGCCCGGCCCGGCCGCCCGGGUGCGGCCCCGGCAAAGGGGCAGCGGGCUGAAUGGGGCAGCGGCGUGGACCGGGAGGAGAGUGCGGUCGGGACAGCGGCCUGGGGCAGGCAGGGUCCUGCAGGGACUGGGGCGGGAGGUGGUGAACACCUUUCUGGAGGAGCGUGUCACAGGACCGAAUGGCAGCUAUCAGCAGGUAUCAGUAACCCUCCGGCUCAGGCGGACUUCACCCUGCUCUUAGAAUCUGAUUAUUUUUUCCCUUUUGUUGAAGAAAAAUGCCUUCCUUGAGAGGGAAAGCACAGACUGUCUUGGGCCCUGUGGAGCCAGACCACCUUGGCUAUACGUUGACUCAUGAACACUUGACUAUGAACUACAGCAGCUGUUUUUGUCCACCUUCUCCAGGACAAGAGCCUCUGUCUGAUGGGCCCAUUGAAAUGAAGAACUUGUUUUGGAUUAAGCAAAAUCCCUACAGCCAUAAAGAAAACCUUCUUUUGUAUCAGGAAACAGAUGCUGUGAAGGAGGAGCUGCUGUAUUAUAAAGCAGCAGGUGGUGGGACAAUUGUGGAAAACACAACCACAGGAAUUGGUCGAGAUGUGAAUACUUUGAAGAAACUUGCUGAAGAAACUGGAAUCCAUAUUAUUGCUGGAGCUGGGUUUUAUGUGGAUUCCACUCAUUCUUCUCAAACACAGGCCAUGACAGUGGAGCAGCUUACAGGCAUUAUCGUUGAUGAGAUACUCAGUGGAGCGGAUGGGACUGACAUCAAGUGUGGUGUGGUGGGAGAAAUAGGUUGCUCCUGGCCUUUGACUGAGAGCGAACGCCGAGUGCUUCAGGCAACCGCGCAGGCCCAGUCGCAGCUUGGCUGCCCCGUUAUCAUCCACCCUGGCAGGAACAGCGACGCACCUUUCCAGAUCAUCCGCAUUCUGCAGGAAGCUGGGGCUGAUGUUUCAAAGACGGUCAUGUCCCACCUGGACAGGACUAUAUUUGAUACAAAGAAACUUCUGGAAUUUGCUGAACUUGGAUGCUACUUAGAGUAUGACCUAUUUGGUACAGAAUUUAUUCACUAUCAGUUCCAUCCUGAGAUUGACAUGCCAAGCGACAAUGAAAGAAUUGCGAGGGUUCGUCUGCUGGUCGAUGAGGGCUAUGAAGACAGAAUUCUGAUCGCUCAUGAUGUGCACACUAAGAACAGGUUGAUGAAAUAUGGAGGCCAUGGAUAUUCACAUAUCCUUAAAAAUAUAGUUCCUAAAAUGCUUAUUAGAGACAUAUCCCAAGAUAAAAUUGAUAAAAUACUCCUAGCAAAUCCAAAGCAGUGGUUGACUUUUAAGUAGGAAAAAUUAAUUAGUAUUCCUUUUUUAUAGGGAAGCUUGCUAUAAUUCAGAUUUGUUUCAGGAGAGAAGUCAUUUUAAAACUUGGUUCUUUUCAGAGAAACUGGAAAUCAUUAAUUAGAUGUGAACAAACUGAUUUUUACUUUUUUUAAUUAGAGCGACAAAAUUUUGUAUUCUUUCUGCAUUUUCUCCCUUCUACAAGUCUGUUCAUGAAUGAUUUACUGGAUAGGAGCCUACCUGCAAAGUCUUUUCAAUUGACAUUUUAAAAUAAUUGUUUCUAGGGAGUAAUCUAAUACAAUUAUGAAAUGUUACUCGAAAAUAUUUGUGAAGAUGCAUCAUCUGUGCUUUGAAGGAAAUUAUGGUUUUCAAUUAAAUUCCCCUCCAGGGAUAAUUUUAAUCCUUGUAAUUUGAUAAUCUUCUAUUUUUCCCUAUAUUCUUUAAAUAAUGCAUGAUUAAAAGUCUGGGACUUUUAAAUAGCUUCCAUAGGCAAUAGAAGGCAAAAGGAAUCUCAAAUAAUUCUACAAAGAUAUUGUUUGUUUCUAGUUAAACAAUUCACUUAUUUUUUAACUGAAAAUGUAAAAAAUACUUGGAAAAAUCUAUUUUUGAAUAAAGCAAUUUGAUGAGCUCUUGAA